AUGUUCUCUUGGAUUUCUGUCUUCUUGUUUCUGAAGAUUUCCUUCAUUUUUUGUCAUUUGAGUGACCCCAGAUGCUUUUGGAGAAUAAAAGACAAUGAACAUGGUCUAGGAGAUGCAGAGAGUUAUUGUUUCUUUUCUAUUUACACAAAGCAGGGUUAUGUGAAGAAUGAUUACUUCAGUUGGAAUCUAGACAAGCAGCUGACACCUAAGACCAUCUAUUUGAUUUUCUCUGUUUAUUUUGCCAUGGAAGAAAUAAAUAAGAACCUUCAUAUUUUACCCAACAUUUCUCUGCUAGUUAAGAUUGAUUGUAUCCUAUCAUAUCAUGAUGAGAAAACUGGCUUGGACUUGAAAAGAAAGGAACUUAAUCCUAAUUAUUACUGCACAAAUCAGAGAAGAUAUUUAAUUGUACUUACAGCACCUAUAUGGGCAGUAUCUACAGCAUUUGGACCAUUCCUGUACAUCUCUGGAAUUCCUGAGCUUUACUGUGGUCAUUUUCAUCUUCUUCUGAGUGAUAAUGAACAAUUUCCACAUCUCUAUCAGAUAUCUCCCAAGGACACAUCUCUACCACUAGCCAUGGUGUCCCUACUGGUUCACUUCAGAUGGAACUGGAUAGGAGUGAUGGUUACAGAUGAUGACCAUGGAGUUCACUUCCUUUCUGAAUUGAGAGGAGAAAUGCAAAGAAACAUUGUCUGUUUAUCAUUUGCCAUUAUUAUCCAAAAUGUUCAGAAAAAAUUCUUGAGCGAAUAUGCUAUGUAUUCUAAGCAAAUCAAAAUGUCAUUAGCAAAAAUUGUGAUAGUUUAUGGAGACAGAGACUCUUAUUUAGAGUUUAUCCUAAUUAAACUGAAAUAUGAACGCAUUUGGAGAAUCUGGGUUAGUGUGUCACAAUUUGAUAUGAUCACAAUUAGGGGAGAUUUUUUGCUAUACUCCUCCCAUGGGACUUUCAUUUUUUCACACCAGCAACGUGAGAUAUCUGGUUUUAAAAAUUUUAUACAAACAGUCUACCCUUCAAACUACAGCAGUGAAUUUUCCUUUGCCAAACUAUGGUGGACAUAUUUUAGAUGUUCUUCACCACCAUCUAAUUGUAAGAAGCUGAAGAAUUGUCCAACCAAAACUGUAUUUAAAUGGUUAUUCAUGACACCACUUGGAAUGGCCAUGAGUGAUACAUGUUAUAACUUAUACAAUGCCAUGUAUGCUGUGGCCUACUCACUCCAUGAGAUCCUUCUGCAACAAGUAGACACAUGGUCUAAGAGUGCUUUGAAGGAACGAGAACUUGACUCUCGGAAGAUGUUCUCUUUUCUGAAAAACUUACAAUUUGUAAAUCCUGUUGGAGACCUAGUCAACAUGAACCAGAAUUUAAAACAGGAUACAGAGUAUGACAUUUUCUAUAUCAUGGAUUUUCCAGAAGACUAUGGACUUAAAAUAAAAAUAGGAAGAUUUUCAGAUCAUUUUCCAAGUGGUCAACAGUUAUAUAUGUCUGAGGAAAUGAUACAGUGGGCUACAGAUAUAGAUCAGAUUCUACCUUCAAUAUGUAGUAUGCCUUGCAGACCAGGACUCAGAAAAUUUCCUCAGGAAGGAAAGGCUGUCUGCUGUUUUGUUUGUAAACCCUGCCCAGAAAAUGAAAUUUCCAACAUGACAAACAUGGAUCAGUGUGUGAAGUGUUCAGAGGAUCAAUAUGCCAACGCAGAUCAAACUCUCUGCUUCCAAAAAGUUGUGACUGUUUUAGAUUAUGGAGACCCUUUGGGAAUAGCUCUGGCUGGCUUUGCUCUAUGCUUCUCUGUCCUUACAUCUGUUGUACUUUGUGUCUUCCUGAAACACCGAGAGACUCCCAUAGUCAAAGCCAAUAACCAAAAUCUAAGCUAUGUCCUACUCAUCUCCCUCAUAUUUUGUUUUAUCUCUUCCUUGCUUUACAUUGGUCGGCCCAGUAUGGUCAUCUGCAUCCUGCAGCAGACCACAUUUGCUCUUGUGUUCACUAUGGCUGCCUCUACUGUCUUGGCCAAGACAAUUACUGUAGUACUAGCAUUCAAGAUCACUGUUCCAGGAAGAAGAAUGAGGUGGCUGCUUGUACCAGAGGCACCUAAAUACAUCAUUCUCAUAUGCACCAUGAUUCAACUGAUUCUCUGUGGAAUCUGGCUGGGAAUUUCUCCUCCAUUUGUUGAUGCUGAUGUACACAUGGUACAUGGACACAUCAUCAUUGUUUGUAACAAAGGUUCAGUGAUUGCCUUCUACUGUGUACUUGGAUACAUGGGCUCUGUUGCUGUAGCAAGUUUUGCUGUAGCUUUCUUGGCCAGGAAUCUGCCUGAUACAUUCAAUGAAGCCAAACUCUUGACAUUCAGCAUGCUCAUAUUCUGUACUGUCUGGAUCACUUUCAUCCCUGUCUACCACAGCACCAAAGGCAAGGCUAUGGUUGCUGUGGAGGUUUUCUGUAUCUUGGUCUCAAGUGCAGGGCUGCUUCUAUGCAUUUUUGCCCCAAAGUGCUAUAUUAUUUUAUUAAAACCAAAGGCAAAUUCUUUUCACAAUUUCGGAAAGCCAUAUGCUAAAGCUAAAAACGUAAGUUAA